AUGCCAAGCUCAACUGACAACUGUGACUUUCGCUCUGACGCCCACUUCGAGCUCAGCAUUCUUUCCGCUGGAAACCAACAUGACUCGGACCGGGGACUUGACCCUUCGAGAAUUAGGAAUCGCCGCUUCUUCCAUGUAGUUCGAGCAAAGUUCAAGAUAAUCUUGCAGUUCAUCGCUCCAUUAUCCUCUUUCCCGCUUCACUGGCAGACUCUCUCUGCUCCGCAAUCCAAGCUAAAGAAAACUUUCCCGUCUUUCACAUCUCGCAACACUCCCGUGACGGCAGGGCUUCCGUCUCUCACACUCAGCAAUCUGGGCUACACCCCAGCCGGAAAGCCGAUAUUCCAAGCACCAGCUGGAUCGUCAAUCCGGCAAUCGGGCGAAGACUUGAAUGUAUUCGCACCAGACGGUACACUCAUCCAUGUCCUAAAGAGUGGGCGUGAUGCGCAAGAAGCAACACACCGCUCACCGGGACCCUACAGCUCCGCCGAAGCCCUCGCCGUUGUCAAUGUAACGGACGUUAUCCAAUCACUCACCGCCACAUUCACUGUCCCGCCCGAGCCCAAGACAUUCGACAGCCAACUUUUCUUCUUUGGCGCAGGCAUUGGGAUAGACAGCAGCGUCAGCUCGCUGUCGCCGCUGAUGCAAAUCGGGCUACAGUACGGUGGGACCCCCACCCAGGGGGGCUCGUUCUGGUCGGCGAUCAUAUUACUCGAGGACAUCGAUGGUACCCUCGUCCAGAUAGGCUUCCCGAGCGCCAAUCCUAUUCUCCAAGGCGGCGACCGUCUGACCGUCUCUAUCACGCGGGAGCUCGAUCGCGAACCGGCGGAGUGGUUCUGGUAUACGGUUGCGUUUGACCACCUAAACCUUCCCUUCCCCCUCACCGCAGAAACCGUCUGGCAGAAUAAGCCGCCCAAGGCACUGCUAAAGCUCGAAGAAUACGGUGUGGUGCAAGCCAGCGAGUACCCUAGCGGCACGCUCGUCUUCGAAAACGUGAACAUCAACACCACCACCGGUGGCUUCCCUUCUCUGUCGUGGCAGACCAGUGCUGAACCUGCCACUAAUAUUCAAGUAAAUGUGGAGAGGGAUGGGUCGCAAAACGCCCGCAUUGCAUUCCAAUUCCCAGAGAAUGUAUAA